GCCGUCCUGCGGGACGCCCGCGGUGAUGGGUUGGGGAAAUGGACGCCCGGAGAACGGAAAUCCAGUUAUCAAAACUGACUUCAGAAGAGAGAACCUAAUAGACCAAUAACAAUGGAAGAAAUUGGGAAAGUUAUCAAAAAGCUAUCAUCCCACAAGGCUUAGAUGGCGUUACAGGUUAAAAGAAAUUCUUCAUGAAGAAGAAAGAUCUCAAGCAACAUGAUGGAUUCAGAAGCUCAUGAAAAGAGGCCACCCAUCCUAACAUCUUCAAAACAAGAUAUAUCACCUCACAUUACAAAUGUCGGUGAGAUGAAGCAUUACUUGUGUGGCUGCUGUGCAGCUUUCAACAACGUGGCCAUCACAUUUCCCAUCCAGAAGGUUCUCUUCCGGCAGCAGCUGUAUGGCAUCAAGACUCGGGACGCAGUGCUGCAGUUGAGGAGGGACGGAUUUCGAAACUUGUACCGUGGAAUCCUUCCGCCACUGAUGCAGAAGACGACGACACUGGCACUGAUGUUUGGUCUCUAUGAAGAUCUGUCCUGCCUGCUCCGCAAGCAUGUUAGUGCUCCCGAGUUUGCAACCCGCGGCGUGGCGGCAGUGCUUGCGGGGACCACAGAAGCAGUUUUCACUCCACUGGAAAGAGUUCAGACAUUGCUUCAAGACCACAAGCAUCAUGACAAAUUUACAAACACUUACCAGGCUUUCAAGGCACUGAGAUGCCAUGGAAUUGGAGAGUAUUAUCGAGGCUUGGUGCCCAUCCUUUUCCGUAAUGGACUCAGCAAUGUCUUUUUUUUCGGCCUUCGGGGUCCCAUUAAAGAGCACCUGCCUACUGCAACAACUCACAGUGCUCAUUUGGUCAAUGAUUUUAUCUGUGGUGGUCUGUUGGGUGCCAUGUUGGGAUUCUUGUUUUUUCCAAUUAAUGUUGUCAAGGCUCGCAUACAGUCUCAGAUUGGUGGAGAAUUUCAGUCUUUCCCCAAGGUUUUCCAAAAAAUCUGGCUAGAACGGGACCGGAAACUGACAAAUCUUUUCAGAGGGGCCCAUCUGAAUUACCACCGGUCCCUCAUCUCUUGGGGCAUAAUCAAUGCAACUUACGAGUUCUUGUUAAAGGUUAUAUGAAAAAAUGAUCAGUUAAGUGCCAUUUAUCAACUGAGUAGACCUUCUAAGAAGAAUGCAGUUUGGCCUCCUUCCUAAUUGGCCAAAUACAAGUUGGUGUCAAAACUCCAGGCCACAGUGAGGUAUGGGCAAAGCUGUUUUUCUUAAGCAUCAACAAAAACAAAAGGUUUCAGUGGGAAAUUUUAAGUUUUUAUUUUUAUUUUUUUUAAUCAUUGUCGAAGAGCUUUGGGCUAAUGACCUGGUAAAUAGCUGUCCAUGUAAUGGCCUUUGAUAAGAUGCCUAAUAGCCAAGAUAUUCUUUUUCUCAAACCAGGCUUUAAACCUUCUAUAUUGAAACGGAAGUGGCCAUGACCAGCCAGAAAAAAAGGCCCUUACGGUGCUGGGACUCCUCAGGCUUAUUUUGUUACUCUAUUUCUUGCUUCUUUCCUCUCAGGAGCAGUUGCAAAGGAUAGUCCUAUUAAACUCAAGCACAUGACAAAGGCGCGGAACAGAGAAGAAAAACAGCUUGUUCGUUUUUACAGCUUUUGGAGACCAAACUGCAAAUACAUUACCAGGGAUGGUUUUGUGUGGUCCUAUUGACUUCUUAAAUUUGACAAAAAAAUUUCAACAGAACUUGUAAUGACAGCUUUGUCUGAACUUUAAGUCAAAAUGUGUUAUUAAUAAGAGAUUCCAACUAUUGUUUUUACCUUCAGUGUGAACUAGUGUGGUAGUAAUUUUGAAAAGGCAAACAUUGAAUAAAUCUGAGAAGCUUUAAAAGUGGUCUUGUUACGUCUGUGGCUCAAACGGCUCAUGAGCAUGAGACACUGGCAGUCUGUGCCCUGUGCUUCAUGCCUGACAUCACCAGAUAUGUUACAGAUUCUGUUUUUUACACAGAGUGAUAUGAGCCCUCAGGACUCUACCACAGAGUAAACUCAACCUUCAUAUGGUGGCAAGUUUGUGUGUCUUACUUGUUUCAUCUGUGACUGGGGACAAAGUUAAUGUUCUUGUCUAGAUAUUCGAUAUUCAUUUUAACAUGGUUGGCUAUAUAAUCACCUGCUGUCUAUUGUGAACUGUGCAAUAAAACAGAAUCAUGUAUAUAUAGUUAUCUUUGGAUGCCCUAGCUGUGGAGAUGUGAGGGGAAUGCCGGUAGCGGACAGAUACAUGAAGUGGGAUCUCAAGGGCUUGCUUCAAGGGGAGCCAAUCAUGUUGAACCAAGUAGGACUGCAGGGUGAGGGCUGCGUGUCAUAAAAUGAAAGGUGGACAGGAGAUGUGUCAUGUGAAGAAAGGAUGAGCACUCAGACUUGGUUUAUUUGUAAAAAUUAAAAUAUUUCUGUUUCCUCGUAUGCAAAUAAAUGCAUAUCAAAGACUUGAA